AUGCUGAGAUCGUGCUGUUUUCGGUGUUUGGGCCGGAGGAACGGCGAUGGCUUGCUCUGGCACAUGGACUUGAAGCCGCACACCACCGGUGAAUUCUCGAUCGCGGUCGUGCAGGCGAAUUCGAGCCUCGAGGAUCAGAGCCAGGUCUUCACGUCGCCGUCCGCCACCUACGUCGGAGUUUACGACGGCCACGGCGGGCCUGAGGCCUCCCGAUUUGUCAAUCGCCACCUCUUCCCUUACCUCCACAAAUUUUCCACAGAACAUGGAGGGUUGUCAGCAGAAGUUAUAAAAAAGGCAUUCAAUGCCACAGAAGAGGAUUUCACUCACUUAGUGAAGAGAUCACUACCCGUCAAACCACAAAUAGCUUCGGUUGGGUCCUGUUGCUUGGUAGGUGCAAUUUCGGGUGGUGAAUUGUAUGUGGCCAACUUAGGAGACUCGAGGGCUGUUCUCGGCAGAAAGGGUUUUGAUGGUGAGAAGAAGUUGGUGGCAGAAAGGUUGUCCACAGACCAUAAUGUCUCGUGCGAGAAGGUGAGAAUGGAGGUUGAAGCUCUCCAUCCAGACGACAAACCUGUUGUGGUUUAUUGCAGAGGGGUCUGGAGAAUCAAAGGAAUUAUCCAGGUAUCCAGAUCAAUUGGCGACAUUUAUUUAAAGAAACCCGAGUUCCAUCGAGAUCCAAUUUUCCAACAAUAUGCAAAUUAUAUUCCCAUGAAGCGACCAGUUUUGUCCUCCGAGCCUUCCAUCGUGACUAGAAAGCUGAGACCGCAUGAUUUGUUCGUAAUUUUCGCGUCUGACGGUCUUUGGGAGCAUCUUAGUGAUGAUGCAGCCAUUCAGAUAGUGUCAAAGCACCCAAGAGCUGGAAUAGCCAAGAGAUUAGUGGCAGCUGCUAUCGAGGAAGCCGCGAAGAAGAGGGAAGUGAGGUAUAAAGACAUCAAAAAAAUUGAGAAGGGAAUCAGACGGCACUUUCAUGAUGACAUCACUGUUAUCGUGAUGUACUUGGACAAUCACAAAACCUCGGUCGAUUCUAAUGGCAAGCAAAGUGCUAUCGGCAGUUUCACUCCCCCGGUCGACAUAUACUCCUAUAAUGCCGAUGAAGUCGUUGAGCAUUCGGGCGAUAGGAUUUUCCCCCAACGAUGA